AUGCCGCAAUUGGGCGGGCACGCUGCUGCCGUCUCAAAGGCGUUAUGCCGGACUCAUCUAUUCUCACCAUGCUCCAUUCGAGCAUUCUCAAUGUCUAGCACUCGCUCACAGCUACCUCCUGAGUCGCCAAAUUAUGUCGACUAUCCGAUGCCAGAAUUGCCAGUCCUUACGACCAAAAAACCGAUCAAAGGUGUCCUUCCGUAUCCCCGUGAUAUCUUUAGACAUGCGAACAAGACGAAAGGCAAGAUCGAAAAAAAUACGCCUGAUUUCAUAGCUCGCGCAACGAAAGAGCCAACCAAGGAAAGGAAACCUGCAACGCCUGAAGCCAAGCUGCGUCUUCAACAUAAAGCCGAAAUGGCUGAAACGAGAAGGAAGAAUCUACGAGAGGGUUUACGAGAGAUGGAAAGACGAAGGAUCGAUAUCCAAAAUAUACAACACAUGAAGAGCCAGGCUAAAGCAGCGGUCAUCAAGGCAAUUGACGAGCGUCCGACACCAGACGACGAGCUCUUUACAGCUACAAGCAUGCAUCCAAGCAUCGCAGCUUACAUGAGAGGUGAUCUCUCGCCAAGACCACCGACGAAAGAGGAGAUCAUCCGAAGGACGAUGAGAUACGAGCGUGGCGCAAAAAAGAGAUCAAAGGGCCGAAAGAAAGAUCUUACUACUCUUUUCAAUCAAGCAAGAACGUUCAUCACCAAUAUAGAUGAUCUGACUGCUACCAUCGAUAAGCUCUUCAACGUAAACAAGGACACAAAUUACGACCCUACAAAUAACGUAUGGAUGGCAAACAACAGACAGGCACCGAUAUCCAUGGACCAACUCUUGGCCAAUGCAGUGAGCAAGGAAGGCAAGGGAGGGCGUACAGUACCUCGCAGUACGACUAAGCUCGCGGAAGCUCUCGCGCAAGGCAAAAUCAUAUGAGAGCAACUCAAAUUACACCCUCCAUAUUUGAAUCAUGCAUUUAUAUAUGUCCGACUUUAUCUGCUUCAAUGAAGAGUCUAGUCUACGUAGACAUCUGUCAAUUGUAUAUAUAAGAUACCUGCGUGUUAAAGCAUUCAUAAGGAGCCAUGAUCAUCCAGGCAACGUGCAGCCUUCGAAUAUCGGUAGUUAUGAAG